GUGUUCACUCGCUAUGGGAAGUGUUACACGUUCAACGCAGGGGGUGAGGGCCGCACCCCUCUCAUAACUACCAAGGGAGGGAUGGGAAACGGUCUGGAGCUCAUGCUGGACAUUCAACAGGAUGAGUACCUCCCUGUGUGGGGAGAGACAGGUGAGGACAAAAGUGUGUGUGUGUGUGUGUGAGUGCGGGUGCAUGUGUGUGUGUGUUUGACUCCAGUUCAUUACACAGCGAUCAUAAUCUGCUGCUGAAAAAACAUAUGUGUUAUGGCUUUACAUCCUCUGCCAUUUCAUGGAUUGAGAGCUACCUAUCAAACACAACACAGAGGGUUUUCUUUAAUGGAAGCCUCUCUAACGUAAACCAGGUAGAGUGUGGUAUACCUCAAAGCAGCUGUCUUGGUCCUUUACUGUUUUCAAUUUUUCCUAAUGACCUACCACUAGCAUUAAGUAAAGCCUGUAUGUCUAUGUACACUGAUAACUCAACGUUAUACACGUCAGUUACCACAGCAAGUGAAAUCACUGCAACCUUUAACAAAGAUCUGCAGUCAGUUUUAGAAUGGGUGGCUAGCAAUAAGCUAGUCCUAAAUAUAUAAAAAACUAAAAGCAUUGUAUUUGGGACAAAUCACUCGCUAAACCCUAAACCUAAUCUAAAUCUUGUAAUGAAUAAUGUGGAAAAUUAGCAAAUUGAGGUGACUAAACUGCUUGGUGUAUCCCUGGAUUGUAAACUGUCAUGGUCAAAACAUACUGAUGCAACAGUUGCUAAGAUGGUGAGUGGUCUGUCCAUGAUAAAGCGCUGCUCUGCUUUCUUGGCAUCACAGUCAAGCAAACAAGUCCUACAGGCCCUAGUUUUAUCACACCUAGACUACUGCCCAGUUAUAUGGUCAAGUGCUGCAAAGAAGUACAUAGGAAAAUUACAGUUGGCCUAGAAAAGAGCAGCACGGCUGACCCUUAAAUGUACACGGAGGGCUAAUAUCAAGAACAUGCACGUCAAUCUCUCCUGGCUCAAAGUAGAGGAGAGAUUGACUUCAUCACUUCUUGUCUUUGUGAGAGGUAUUGACGUGUUGAACGCACCGAACUGUCUGUUCAAACAUCUAACACACAGCUCAGACACCCAUACAUACCCCACAAGACAUGCCUCCAGGGGUCUCUUCACAGUCCCUAUGGCCACAACAGAGGCUGGAAAACGUACAGUACUACAUAGAGCAAUGACUACAUGGAACUCUCUUCUACAUCAGGUAACCCAAGCUAGCAGUUAAAUCUGAUUUAAAACACAGAUAGAACAACACCUCACAGCACAAUGCGGACUGUGAAGAGACACACACUCACGCAUGCACAUUCACACACGCAUACUCACACAAUAUACACGUAUUGUUUUAUUUAUGAUUUAGAACAGGGUUCCCCAACUGGAUUUGAAUUUGGCCUGGGAGUGGUUUUAUUUGGCCCCCCAGGUUUUCUGAGCAAAAGAGAAAAAAAUAUUUUUUUUUUAUUGUGGGAAUUUUCAUUGUUGGACAUAAAAGACUGUAAAAAUACCAGGAAAUCAGCUCCAAGUGAUUUUAAUUUAAGAAAUCUGUUCCCAAGUAUUCCCAUGCAUAAUAGAGAGACAUGUGAUCGUAUACAAAUGUAAGCAAGGUUUGAAAUGAUUAUGUUUUAGUCAAGCAUUAUAUCUGUUUGGGCUUCUUGUGGUCAAGUUGCAGUCUACAAAUUAUUUGUAAUUAUGUUCCGGCCCCCCGACCAUCCGCUCCAGAAAAAAAUUGGCCUGCGGCUGAAUUUAGUUGAUGAUCCCUGAUGUAGACUAUUGUUUUGUUAUGAUGUGUUGUUUUGUUCCUGCCUUGGCAACAGCUAAUGGGAUCCUAAUAAAUACUAAAUACAGCUCACGUGUGUUGCUCUAUCCAACAGACCACUCUAUCUGUCUGCUGGAGCCAGUGGGUUCAUUAGUUAAGUAAGCCAUGCAUGGAUUGUGCAGUGAUCCCUGCCUAUGUUCCCUUCCCCACAGAUGAGACAUCAUUCGAAGCUGGGAUCAAAGUUCAGAUCCACAAUCAAGAGGAGCCACCCUUCAUUGACCAGCUAGGCUUCGGGGUGGCACCUGGGUUCCAGACCUUUGUCUCCUGCCAGGAACAACGGGUAGGGACAUUACAUUUAUUCGUAAAACUUUAUUUAAACAAAAUAGUAAUACAUAUACAAUAUGCUACUAUAAGCACCACCUGUGUAACUGUUGUAGUACUGAACACCUAUUCAAUUGUAGUUGUACUGUAGCUUAUAUUGUAUGUGUAACAGGUGUCAUGUGUGUCUGUUCCAGCUGAUAUAUUUGCCCCCCCCCUGGGGGGACUGUAAGGUGACAUGGAUGGACUCAGAAUUCUUUGAGACGUACAGCAUCACAGCCUGCCGUAUCGACUGUGAGACGCGCUACCUGGUGGAGAACUGUAACUGCCGCAUGGUACACAUGCCUGGUAGGUGAACCCUCCCACCCAGCCAUUUACCAAGUCUGGACUUUUUAAGUUUUCAAGUUCAACUUAGAUUAAUUGAUUAACAACUCUUUAUGUACAGGAGAUGCCCCAUUCUGCACCCCUGAGCUGUACAAAGAGUGUGCUGAUCCAGCUCUUGGUAAGGAAUAGAUCCAGACUGCUGUUUCUUAGACCAUAGCAACUCUAUUUCAGUCUCUAUAUGACUUACAUGGACUAAAAAGAGAAGAAGUGUUAAUGCUGCAGUCUUGCUCUUUGCCCCCAGACUUCCUGGUGGAGAGAGACAAUGAUUUCUGUGUGUGUGAGACGCCGUGCAACAUGACCAGAUACAGCAAGGAGCUGUCCUUCGUCAAGAUCCCCAGCAAGGCCUCUGCCAAGUAUCUGGCCAAGAAAUACAACAAGUCAGAGCAGUACAUAGCGUGAGUCUAAUGUUCCAAACACCCGAUAAAAUCUUUACAGUGAGUAUGGAGUACUUAGCAAGAAAUGUAAUGGCAAAUAAAUCUGCUUUGGGCUUUGGCCCUUGCAUCUUUGACCAUCCAGUUCCAUUUCCAAUACACAGCAAGUGCAACUAAGUAAAUAUUUUCUCUAUCAGAAGCUUACAUAAACUGUUUGCUGUUUAGAUGUUGAAUAUGGUAUUUUUCUGUAACAGUGACAAUAUCCUGGUUCUGGACAUCUUCUUUGAGGCUCUAAACUAUGAGACGAUCGAACAGAAGAAAGCCUAUGAAGUAGCAGGACUUUUAGGUAUUUCAAUUGUUUAAAAAACUAUACAUUUUAUUUUUAAGGAUACUUUGUUGGAAAUGUGUAUCUUUUGGGAAAGUUUAUUUUCUUUGAUAAUCUUGUAUUUCUCUGUUCUUCCCAGGUGAUAUUGGUGGUCAGAUGGGUCUUUUCAUUGGAGCCAGUAUCCUUACUAUUCUGGAACUGUUUGACUACAUAUAUGAGGUAAUCUUUUCAUUCUCUAGUAUUCUACAGUGACACUUUUCCAUUAUGCUUUCUGUCUCACUCAUUAUUGUAAGCUCUUGGAAAAGCAGAAUUAAACAUUUAUGCGUUUUACAAAUAACUGUCGAAGAGGCAGGCAUACGUCAAAAUGUCCACCUGUUCUCUUACCAGCAUUUGUCUCAAAUCGACAGCAUCACUGACCUUUGUAGUGUGCAUCUGUGUUUCGUCACAGGUGAUAAAGUACAAGCUCUGUCGAUGCUCAGAGAAGAAACACAAGCACAGCAACAACAACGACCAGGGAGCUGUUCUGAGCCUGGACGAUGUGAAAUGUCAUGUCAGUAACUUUCACUAACCAUUUGCAGCUCUCAGAAGGAGGCAGCCAUAUUGCUUCAUGUCUAAACAUCUCAAUGAAGGAUUUAAUGUGUUCUAAAUGAACAUACAUAUGUAGGAUCUUAAUUUGAGCCAGUUUGCUACAGCAGGAAAAUAAUCCUGCAGCAACAGAAAUGUGAAUUAUUAUGUGGAUUAUAAUUAAUUGACCUUUUUGUAGAGGAAAAUAAAGUCUGUGUAAAUUGCAAACUUCAGAAGCCUUUUUAAACCUCAAAUCUACUACAAGUUUUAAAUAGCCUGCAUUAUUAAGAUCCUACAUCUGUACCUGGUGAGUUUCAUGAAUGUGUGCAUGGGGGGAUAUGUCUAGUUUUGCCUCGCAGACAGCAGGAUACAAGACAACCAAUUCAAUGAUCAUCCACAUGCAUCCCUUAGAUUUCGUUGGCUAAUGUAAAUGGCUUUGCAACAGAAGAAUGGAAUACCACAUUGAAGAUCAAAUAGCAAAAACAAUAUCCAAGCUUAUAUUUUUUCUAAGCAACAACGAUAGUUACAAUUGCUAUCAAUUGAGGUUGUGAUGUUGUGUAUCAGCUUGAGAAACAUGUCUUCAACCCAUCAAUUUCCAUCAAGUUUUCUCUCAUCUAUAUCUUUGGAAAAAAUCAAGAUCUUAAAAGUAGCAGGUGUCUACCCACUGGGCACAAACUGGUUGAAUCAAUGUUGUUUCAAUGUAAUUUGUCAUGGUAACCAAAUUUCAACAUAGACAAACCUUGUUUAAAAUAUGUUGAGUUUGUACCUUUAAAACAACGUCAGAUCUUCAACGUUAUAUCCACUAUCAGAAAAAAAAACUAUAGGCUGGGCAGCACCUCCUACUAGAGAAUUGAUCUAUCUACAGCUACCCUUUGGUCUCCCAUCCAGAGUUUUAACCAAGUCCUACUUAGCUAUGUCACUGUUUAUUACCAAUGUGCUAUCGUUCGAAUGAUUGUUGAGCGAUCUCCACUUAAAAACAAAAUAACUUCACUGUUGUCAUCGAAGUCAUUCCAAAGGGUAGGUUUAACAGAGCAAAUGAAAUGUGACCAUACUUCAUCACUCAUCAUCAAUGAUGCUAUUUAGGCCUAUAAAGCAUUUACAGUUAUCAACAACUAUUGUUUCAAUUCAACCCAGAAUGCAACUAAAAAUAGACAAUACAAUAGGUCUAGGGUUUCAAGCUCUGGUUGAUUUCAAAUUGAAGGAUAUUUAGUGAUAUUGAAUUGUGUUUGGUUGACAACGCAAUCAAGUAUCAACAUUUGAAAGAGAUGUUCUAUAUCUUCUGCUUGGAUAGUUCCAUCUCUGCCGCUUACUUAGUCUGUCUUUUAUUCCAGUUUGUCUACAAAUUAAUAAUUGAUAUGUUGGAUUCACAUCUCCAUCUCAACCAAAAAUCAAAGUUAAUGAAUAGGACUAAAUCAAAUCAAACUUGAUUUAAAGUGCAUUUACACUGAACAAAAAUAUAAACACAACAUGUAGUUUUGGUCCCAUGUUUUAUGAGCUGAAAUAAUCUUUCAUAAGCACAUACAUCUUAUUUCUCUCAAAUUUUGUGCACAAAUGUAUUUACAUCCCUGUUAGUGAGUUUUUCUCCUUUGCCAAGAUAAUCCAUCCACCUGACAGGUUGUGGCAUAUCAAGAAGCUGAUUAAACCGCAUGAUCAUUACACAGGUGCACCUUGUGCUGGGGACAAUAAAAGACCACUCUAAAAUGUGCAAAAAAUGCCACAGAUGUCUCAAGUUUUGAGGGAGCGUGCAAUUGGCAUGCUGACUGCAGGAAUGUCCACCAGAGCUGUUGCCAGAGAAUUGAAUGUUAAUUUCUCUACAAUAUCUCUACCAUACGUUUUUUGAGAAUUUGGCAGUACGUCCAACCGGCCUCACAACCGCAGACUACAUGUAACCAUGCCAGCCCAGGAUUCCAGGAAGCUGAAAAUGUCCCAGUUCUUCCAUGGCCUGCAUACUCACCAGACAUGUCACCCAUUGAGCAUGUUUGGGAUGCUCUGGAUCGACGUGUACGACAGCGUGUUCCAGUUCCCGCCAAUAUCCAGCAACUUCGUGUGGGACAACAUUCCACAGGCCACAAUCAACAGCCUGAUCAACUUUAUGUGAAGGAGAUGUGUCGCGCUGCAUGAGGCAAAUGGUGGUCAUGCCAGAUACUGACUGGUUUUCUGAUCCACGCCCCGAUUUUUUUUUUUUUUAUAGGUACUGUAUAUUUUACCAACAGAUGCAUAUCUGUAUUCCCAGUCAUGUGAAAUCCAUAGAUAGGGCCAUAUUAAUUAAUUUAAAUUGACUGAUUUCCUUAUAUGAACUGUAACUCAGUAAAAUCUUUGAAAUUGUUGCAUAUUGCAUUUAUAUUUUUGUUCAGUAUAUUUAAAGUUCAGUAUGUCUCCCGAGUGGCGCAGUGGUCUAAGGAACUGCAUCGCAGUGCUAGCUGUGUCACUAGAGAUUCUGGUUCGUAUCCAGGCUCUGUCGUAGCCGGCGCGACCGGGAGACCCAUGGGGCGGCGCACAAUUGGCCCAGCAUCGUCCAGGGUAGGGGAGGGAAUGGCUGGCAGGGAUGUAGCUCAGUUGAUAGAGCAUGGCGUUUGUAACGCCAGGGUUGUGGGUUCGAUUCCCACAGGGGGUAGGGAAAAAAAUAAAAAAAUGUAUGCAUUCACUAACUGUAAGUCGCUCUGGAUAAGAGCGUCUGCUAAAAUCUAAAGUACUUUUUGUUUGAGAUGGAGACGUGAAUCCAACAUAUCAAUUAUGAAUUUGUAGACAAACACAAAUUAAAGCUAGACUAAGUUAGUGGCACAGAGGAACUAUCCAAGGAGAAGAUAAAUCUCCUUCAAAUAUUGAUACAGUAUUUGGUUGCGUUGACAACCAAACAAAAUUCAAUAUCACAUUUGAAAUACAAUAAAUAGCCUAUUAACGUGUCAACAAGUCAACAAAUGCUAUGUUAGAUUCACGUCUCCAACUCAACCAAAAAUAAAAGUUAAAGAAUGGGAUAAAGCCAGUGGCUCAGGUGGAACUAUCCAAGCAGUAAAUACAUCUCCUUUAAAUGUUGAUAUUGGGUUGCGUUGUCAAUUCAAUAUAACUUUUGUAAUACAGUAAAUAGCCUAAAGUUAAGGCUAUCUUACAAAUGUAACAUUCAACCUUAAAAUGAGUGACACAUCCAUGGCCACAUUUUAAGGUUACUGUACCUAUAAAUGUCUUCUUAUGUGGUCAUAUAAAGUGUGCAUGUUCAAGAUAGCAUACAUAGAUCCACACUUAUCUGUGGAGAUCUUUAUAAUUGCUGUAAUAAUCUGCACAGAAUCUUGAACAGCGUUGAUCACUUGCACCAUGCACGUUUAAUGUAAUCUCAACAGCAAUCCAGGUAAUUUGGUUCUGCUAUUAGAUGAAGCACAGUGAUAACACAUUAAUCCAUUGUAUAAAUAAUCAAAAUAUCUGACAUUGUAUUCCCAUUUGAACUUUGCUAUUAAAUGGUUGAAAGCGCAGUGAUAGGCAUUUGGGUGACAACUAAACCAAAAUUCAGACAUUGUUUUUCCAUUGGAAUUUGGUUGUGCUUUUAGAUGGUUGAAAGCAUAGUGAUAAUACAUUGGAAAUUCAACAAACUUUUUGAGUGGGUGAAUAUAGGUUGUAAUCUCAUUGAUCAACAUCUCAACCAAAUAUUACCUGAUAAUCCUCAUUGAAAUUACGUGGUGUGCCCAGUGGGCGGUGGUGGAAAAAGUACCCAAUUGUCAUACUUGAGUAAAAGUAAAGAUACCUUAAUAGAAAAUGACUCAAGUAAAAGUGAGUCCUACUUGAGUAAAAGUCUAAAAGUAUUUGGUUUUAAAUAUACUUAAGUAUCGAAAGUAAAUGUAAUUGCUAAAAUAUACUUCAGUUUCAAAAGUAAAAGUAUAAAUCAUUUCAAAUUCCUUAUAUUAAGCAAACCAGACGGCACAAUUUUCGUGUUUUUUAAAUUUACGGAUAGCCAGGGACACACUCCUACACUCAGACAUAAUUUACAAACGAUGCAUUUGUGUUUAGUGAAUCCGCCAGAUAAGAGGCAGUAUGACGACCAGUGAUGUUCUCUAGAUAAGUGUGUGAAUUGGACUAUUUUCCUGUCCCGUUUGGGUGUCAGGGAAAAUGUAUGGAGUAAAAAGUGCUUGAGUACUUUACACCGCUGCCAGUGGGUAAUGUGGCACUUGGAUUUAAAAGGGAACUUUCUAAUAUGUUGUGCAUUUUAUUUAUGAAGCAUAUCUGCAGAAGGAUACACUUUUAUAUGCAUGACUGUAUGUUGUCUGUUCAAUCUCUGCUAUCUCACUGGUUGUCUUUCAUGAGUUUGAGUUUAACUUCUCUUUUUCUUGUGUUAUACUCCCACUUUUUUUGUCACUAACUAUCCAUUUCACAUUAUCCACCACAGUCUCUCCAUGACAAUAGUCAUGCACCACCUCCAUACUCUGCCAAUAUUCUACCUCAUCACACAGGGCAGAGCAACUCAGAGGACGUCACCUGCUGAGCCAAUCAGAACACAAGGAAGUAAGGAAAUGGAGCAUUUAAAUUUGAUUCAAAAGUGGACAGAUUAUAAAGCUUGAUGAUCGGUAAUACGUAACACUUCAAUAGCACUGAAGUCCCCACUGGUGCAAGAGUAGUGCUAGCCACGUAUAGCCUGCUGGAUCAUAAUGACUGCAAUGUCAUGAAAGUGGCAAUGUUAACCCACGUACAAAAUAAAAUAGUUAUUGUAUUGUCUUCUAAGAAUGUAAUUUUACUUGGGCUACAUUUAGAUAUAGCAAGCAGGACUAAGAUAUUUUGGCUUUGGGUGUGUGAUGAUGGGAAAUGUCCUCGCAGUAUAUUGGCAUGUUUGUCCGUGCUACAAUUUUGGUCUGUUUGUUUGUAUGGUUGUGUUUGUGUGCAUGCCCUUUUUGAGUGUGUGUGUGUGAUACUUCAAGAGUA